AUGUGGAAAGAGUUGAUCCUUUGGGGUCAUCGUGAUGUUGUUAGCCCGCACACAGGAGAGCCGCUGCUGAAACUGCCCAUGAAGCAUGUUCAUGUACGGCACCUGGAGCUCUCGCCAGCAGAGAGGGACUUCUACGACACUCUGUGGCGGAAGGCGAAGACGGAGUUUGACACCUUCGUGGAGAAGGGAGAGGUGCUUUCGAAGUAUACCCACAUCCUCCAGUUGAUCGGGAAGUUGCGGCAGGCCCUCUGCCACCCGUUCUUAGUGUUUGCAAGGGCAGGCAGCAAGGACGAGGACAUGGAGUCGUUGGAGAGGCGGUACCUCGCGGAGGUCAGUGGGGAAGAAGUCUCCGAGGCCUACGUGGCAACCCUCCUCCAGGAGAUUCGAAAUGGGGAGCACAAUGACUGUGCGAUAUGUUACGACACACCGCAAGAUCCAACCUUGACGCCGUGCGGCCACAUCUUCUGUCGCGAGUGUUGUUACAAGAUCAUCAAGCAGUGCCAUGGGGAAUGUCCUGUCUGCAGAAAGCCCGGCAUUACCAGGAAGUCUCUAAAGGUGUUGCCUGGGGCAUCCAGCAUCCCUGCGCAUCUCCUUGCAAAGGCUUCGGCCUCCGAGAGCACAAGUGCGGAACCAACCGGAAUCCACAGCACGAAGGCUUCCGACGGGUCACCGAUCGCUCACUGCGAGGUCAUGAAGCUUGAAGGUGCCGUAAUCGCCGUAACUGGUGGUGCCAGCGGACUGGGAGAGAGCACAGUGGAGCUUUGUGUCUCGAAGGGCGCGAAAGUUGCGGUGAGGAAUGGGUGGGAGAAUUUGGAGCGCCGAUGUGGAACUCCCAAAGCGGCCGCUGAAGAGUUCCUCCACAAGGUUUCUGCCGCAAUCCCGAAGACGGAGCACAUGCAGAAACGAGCCAGUACGGUUUGGUCGAAGCUGAAUGGGCUGUUAGCAUCCAUGCACGACCAGUCGAUGUUCACAGGCCAGCUGGAGUACCUUGCCCUGCGGCACAUGAAUCAGGACAUCAGUGCUGCCGAGAUAGAGACUUUCAAGGGGCUCCUGCUUGAAUUCUGUGCCUCCAAGUUGGGUGGCAUGAUGACUCCGGAGUUCCAGUACGGCGUCUCGCGGUUUGUAGAGGCAGUGGGUGCAUCAUAUCAGCACACGCGCGACUUCUACAAGGCAAACCUGAAGAUCCUCGAAGCGAGCUGGGUGGUCGUUCAGGAAAAUUCCAAGGAAGCCGAGGCCGAUGCCGAGGGAGGUCUAGCUGAAGAGGAGGGAGAGGAGGGCCAAAUGGAAGCACAGGAGACCGAAAAGAACGAGGAGCAGGCCACCACUCCAGAGAAAAAGAAAAGCGGGGAACGCGCGAGUAACGAGGCAAACAAGACCAUGAAAGAGGGAACCAUGGCCAAUGCCCAGAACAUGAAUGUGCCAACUAGUUUUGGUGAGAUGGCACGAUUUAAUGCUUCGGUCAUGGGUGUGGGUGACCGGCCGUGGCUGUCAGAGAUGAUCACCGCCCUUGACAGCCUCGUGCCCAAUGUCGGGAACAUUGAUCGGCUGCAGGAGGAGUGCGAUGUGCUCUCGCUCCUUCUUUGGCGCCAUUCACGCCACGAGCAGCUCGACCUGCCCGGCUUCAAGUCCGUCAUGUUCGCAUCCCUACGGUCCAUGCUGCAGGCCCGGGAGAACUGGGGGAUCCACGCGAGAGAACCGUUCACCUUGGCCAAGUGGAGCAUGAAGUAUGAAAAUGCUUGGAGCUGGUUCUGGUCGUGUAUCGAGAAGAUGCUGGAUGCCAACAAGCAGCUGCCGGGCAUGUACUACAACCACUUGAAAAGCUUCACAGAGUCCCUUGAUGAGGAUACCGCGGCGGACUUCAAGCUAGAGGUUUUUGAAACACUCUUCGCCACCUGUGUCCAGACGCAAGACUACCUCAAGGCGUCCAACGCUCGAUUGCAGUACAUCAUGGGGCGCAUUCUUCGUGUGAUGGGGGACAUCUUCACGAAAACGAAGACUGCCGUCCGAGACAUUUCUGCCCUAGGGCUUCUCCAUGCAGGAUACGGAGUCCCAGAGGACCUGACCGUCCCUUUCACCGAGGCCAUCAUGAUGACCGUUAAGAAGUUCAACAGCAACGAAUCCAUUGUCCCUGGGGUCCAGUGGUGCCUUCACCUUGCGGUGGGGAGGAUCCUCACCCGCACCCUGGCGGAAGGCUCCACAGCCGUGAUGCAGUCCAUCAACAAGAACUCGGCAAAGGAACUGCAGAAAGCGGUGGCACCUGCACCGAGAGGGAAGCGAGAGCAACUUCUGCUGCGAGUGCAAGUUGGCACGGAGUCCAUCUCCCCACUUGUCUGGGCCAUAGAGACAGGUGCACUAAGGUCCGCACAGGCCAUUCUUGAGGAGCUGCUCACGAUCCGCGCUGACCGAUCGUCGUAUUACUACAGCAUGAAGGGCCUCUUCGGGCGGCACCCGGACAUCAUCCAGCUGCUGUGUCGGCAGGCACCUACGCUUCUGAGUCACCUUCUGGAUGGUCUGGUUUGGAAAUCCAAGAAGGUCAAAGGAGGCGCACGUCGCGUCAACUACUACAUCGGGUUGGUCGAUGAAAACGGCAAGUUGACUCCUUCUUUGCAUACGCUGAUUCAGCACAGUGAUCCUGAAAUCGUUUGCCACUCCUGCCCAGCCUUUGCGGCGGAUCUGCUGUGGAAUCGAAUGUGCGGCUUUGCAUUCGUCGGCACGAAGAUGUGGUUCAUCCUCACCCUAGCCAACUUCAUCGUUGGAUUACAGUAUGGUAUCCUGUCCAACGCAUUCAUGUAUGUCUUCAGCUUGGGACAGCUUUUCGCCAAGCACAUGUACCAGCAAGAAUUCAUCGAGUUUGUUCUUGUGCUCUUCUUGCUGACCAUGUUGGGCAUGGAGCCCUUUCUGCAUUGCUUGCAAGUCAGCGACCAGUGGCUGACAAGCUGUUGUGCAUUUGGGCAGUUCUUCUGUGACCUGUCGGUUUGGUACGAUCGAGUCUCCUGCAUCCCCAUGCUCUUGUACUUCGUUUUGGCCUUUGAGUUAGUCCACUUCAACAUCCACUUGAGCUGCUUUGCCGUGAUCUGCACGCGAUUUUGGUGGGAAUUCGUCGUCUACAUGGGGGCCCUACUUUUCUUGGCGACAGCGUUUGCUUCCGCGAUUGCUUGCUUGCCACAAUCUGGGCUUGAAGAAGGCAUUCAGAUGAGGGACUUCUACAACUGGCCUGCGGGAUUUCAGGCCCUGCUCUCCAUGGGGCUCAAUGUGUACGGUGCAAACAACUACGCGGAAAUUGCGCUUGAGAACGAGCCACUCCUAAAGUGGUUUGUGAUCGCCUUCGCUUCCUUCUGGCAUGUGUACUUCAUGAACUUGAUGGUUGCACAACUUUGCCAGCGAUACAUAGCGAUCUCCAAGGAUGCUCUGGGCUAUGCACGGCUGACCCGAGGCACUAUCAUCUUCGAGAGUGCAAUGCCCAUGAUUUCCACAAAGCGAUGGACGAGGUUUGUCAAUUCGUUGCGCCUUGAUGAGCCGUGUGAGCUUGACGAAGGUGACGUGGGCCCCAAGGGAGGUGUUGCAACCUCCGAGGGACAGUAUGACUACUUGAACCACCCAUCCAUCCAACUAGAUAGAGUCCAGCGCUAUGGUGGCCUGGCAUCCCCCCAGCUACCAUGGCCUCCAACUGCAGAGGAGGAUGACAGUGCUGUUGCCCUGCUGCAGAGGAGCACAGACAAGAGGUUUGAUGAGAUCGAGAGACUGGUCUUCGACAUAGCUGUCAAACUCGGAGUUCGAAACCAGCAGGGUGCUCUUGCAUCCAUGAUGGGAGGAUCCGCACUGCAUGGUUCUCAGAGCCAUCAAAGUGGAGUGAGCCAGGGUUCUGGCAACAAAUCCGCUGCGGACGAUAACCUGGGGAACUCACCCUACAGUGUUGGAAUGCAAGGUGCGGCGGAGGAGGAGAUGGAGGAGGACAGCGCAAACUCGCCUGAUGCAAGUCCCACGGCCAAUCAGUUGUCGGCGUGUGAAACCGCCGUGGCACCUCAGCAUGGAAUGGUUGAUCAGAGGCUUUGGACAAGUGAUCCUGCCAAUGUUUCACAAGAAGACCGGCCCGUCACUUUCGAACUUGAACUGAGCGUGGCCCUGUUUCCAACGUCUCGCAGCGAUCGCAGCCGAGCGCCCGCCAAAACUCUUCAGCUGGUCUUGGACAUGAACAAGGAGAAAGGUGAUGCCGUCGUUGAGAAAGUUGGUGCGUCGAACGCUUUGUUUGUGGAAUGUAACAUUCUGGAUGAGAAGUCAGUGGAAGACUGCAUGAAAGCCAUCAAGGAGAAGUUCGGAAAGUUGAGCGGCGUCGUCAGCUGCGCAGGAGGUCAAACUCUUGGCACGGGCCUCACGCUGGACAAGAAGGGCAACCCUCAUGCACUGUCUCCCUUCAAGAAGACCGUUGAGCUGAACAUUCUUGGCACUUUCCUCAUCGCCAGCAAGGCAGCGGCUCUGAUAGCAGAGAAUGCGCCAGAGGACGAGGAUGGAGAGCGAGGUUGCAUCAUAAAUGUCGCUAGCGUUGCGGCGCAAGAUGGUCAAAACGGACAAAUCGCCUAUGCAGCAGGCAAGGGCGGCAUCGUCUCCAUGACGCUCCCUAUGGCCCGCGAUCUGGGGAAGCGUGGAAUCCGCGUGAACUGCAUACUGCCGGGUGUGUUCGAUACCCCGAUGACAGCACCUUUGAAACAGUUCAAGCCAGCAGUGUACAAGAAUCUUGCUGAGACGCACGUCUUUCCGAACACGCGCCUGGGCCAGCCAGAGGAGUUUGCUCAGAUGGCCGUGGCGAUUCUUGAAAACAAGAUGAAAGAGCUGCUGAAGUUGCUGCACACGGACAUGGCCGAAGGCCAUCGUUCCCCCGACCCUCCAAGUACUAUGUACUUGGUGUAUAACAGCCGGCACAGGGAAGCUGCAGCCAUUAAAGCGGCUGUUGAAGAAAGUGAAGAGGCAAUCUCUUAUGUGGACAUUGCUGGCCAAGAUGAGUUCCACAGGCAAAGAACCGCGGAACAGAUUCUUGGCGAAAGCCUUAGAUUAGGAUCUCAUCCAAACUCUCAGCGGAGAGCUGCGAGUACUCACCUUACGAAAAUCCUGGUCGACUGCCCAUGUUGGUUUUGCACACCAGAUGGCAUUGCGGGACCAGUGCAAACGAGCCCAGAGUCGGGUGGGACGGAUUUGGGGCUCCUGCUCCGAGAGGCGGCCUACCAUCGCAGCCUGCAUCGCUCGAACGUUCGGGAACUUCAAUCAGGACUCGAGUCCUUGACGCUCCGUGCGUCCGCUGACUUGGAGGACAUGUGUGUCCGAGCGGCAGCAUUGCUUGAGCUCCACGGCGCAGCCGUGCUGGCCAACUUCCUGGGGCCAGCACGCGCGAUGGAGCUAGCAGAUACUGACUUUGGAAAUCCAUUGCCUGCAUGCCCAGGUCCGGGCGGAGUGCAGUCCCCAGGGACAGGACGCGGGGACUGGGCGGUUUUGCCAGACGAGGAACCGACGGAGUUCUUGUCUAAACUGGAUGCCUUUAUUUCAGGCUUGCGGCCUCUGACGGGAGGUAAGAUGGACACAUGUGAGUUCCGCACUUGGCCAAUGGUAACGGUUUACGAGCCAGGCAGCAGAUACACUUGGCAUCUGGACAACGGCAAAGGCAGAAACGGGCGCUUGCUGACCUGCAUCUACUAUCUGAACAGAGACUGGGAUCUUGAAUCUGGUGGCGAACUUCGUUUGUUAAAGCAGGAGGACAAUGAAAUGCUUCAGGUCUUGGCAGAGGUGCCACCAGCAUUGGACACACUGGUGCUGUUUUGGUCCGAAAGCAUUCCCCACGAAGUGCUGCCCCCAUGGGUUAGACUUCGGCAUGCUCUGUCAGUCUGGUAUCUAUGCCCCUGUCGUGGGCUGGAGCACUUCUCUGCUGGGAAUGCCGAGGCUGCCUUUGGCCAUUCCGUUCCGUCAGCUGUAAAGAAAAUCCGCUCCACGCUUGGAGCGCUCGGCGGCGAAGCUGCGGCAACGAAGGAGAUCUUGGACCAGUUGUCGAGCCUGCAUUCACCCGAGCCACAGCCAUGGUGCACGUAA